GUCAGCUGUCACCGUGCAAGAGGAAAAGCGAUGUGGAGGAACACAAAAUGCUUUUGUGUUGACAGAAGCCUCCUGGGUCUUAACUCGUGAACUGACACGGAGUGAAACAGCAAAAUCAACAACAGUUUUUGGUUUUCUGGUCGUCUGGUUGAAACCAGGUGGAGAACAAACCUCUAACACACCUGCCCCUUCUUUUUGUUGUAAUAUAAACAACAAAAAUAUAAAUAAUAAAAUCCCUUCUCUAAAGUCAGAGCGCCUGCAUUACGGAGAGUUGCUGCAGUAAAACCACUUCUCCUUUAAAAAUAGUGUUUAUCAGUUUUCUUUUAUUUCUCACUGUAACAGAAAGCUGCCUUUCCGUUUGGUUAGAGGGCUCCUAGGUAACUGUGUUUUCAUCAGCGAGGGCGUCUAAUCGCCAACCUAGUCCAUAAAUCAGUUUCCCAGCGCACAAUGAAAAGGGCGGUGGCACAGACAAAAAGAGGGAAAACGACUGUGUCGAGCUCGUUUCACCGGAAUCAGUGUGUAGGUGACAUUGGCCCUUGCGUGCACGGCGUCCAGAUCUGUGGAUGGAUAAACCUCCGGAGUCUUUUCGUCUUUUGAGUUUGAUUUUAUUAGAUUGUGCUCGAUCAUUUUAUCGAUGGUGCUGAAAUGCAGCCAGCGCCGUGUGAGCGAGUGGCUCCCCCUCCCCUUUUGCCCACAGACACAUCACCACAUCGCAGAGAGAGGUAGAGGGAGAGAGAAAGAGAGAGAGAGAGGGAGAGGGAGAGGGGGAGACCAAUAGGCAGCAUCGGUGAAAGUCAGCGUUGCUCGGAGGAGAAAGAAUUUUAUAAACAUCAGCUGUGCAGACAAAGGAAAACAUGGACGCACAAAAGAAAAUUCCCUUUAAACGGGCACCAGAGAGGAUGCGGUGGUCGUCCUGUACAUAGUCGGGGUUGCGCACGGACUAUUCCCUCGUUUUUAAUGAGGCGGGUGGGGACGCACAGUAAGCUGAAAAGGCGGAAAGAUUUCUGCAAAUUCUGCCUGCCUGCGAUGGCUGUGACGGCGCGAUGCUGUUACAGUGUAAAGGAGAAUGUGCCUUUUUCCUUAUAUCUGCUUCUUUUCGUACUCAGUGGCCUUACAAAUGCACAAAUUCGAUACUCCAUCCCGGAGGAGCUGGAGAACGGGGCAUUGGUCGGUGACAUUGUCCGAGAUUUGGGUUUGGACCCGAGAAAACUUUCCACCCGACGAAUCAGAAUCACGUCGGACAGCGGCCGGCGAUACUUCACCAUAAAUCACAAAACCGGGAAGCUGGUGGUGAGUGACCGCAUCGACCGCGAGACAGUUUGUGAAUUCAGUGGCACUUGUUCGCGUAACCUGGAGGUGGUACUGGAGAACCCACUGGAGGUGCACAACGUAGAGGUGGAGAUUUUGGACGUGAACGAUAACGCGCCACAAUUCCCUCGAGAUGAAUAUCAGCUUGAGGUGUCGGAGUCCGCGCUCACCGGUUCGCGGUUCCACAUCGAGGGCGCUCAGGAUGCAGACGAUGGCUCCAACUCUGUGAAGCAGUACCGCCUCAGUCCAAACGACCACCUCACCCUGGACUCUGUCAAGCCAUUUUCUAAUAACAAGCAAAUCGAGCUCAUUCUCAAAAAGCCUUUUGACCGCGAGCAGAUGCCCUCCCAUCAGCUAAUCCUCACAGCAGUGGAUGGAGGCACCCCACAGCGAACUGGCACGGCCAAAAUCAAUGUACGUAUCCUUGAUGCCAAUGAUAACGUGCCUGCGUUUGACAGCUCCGUGUACAAAGUAAAACUGUCUGAAAACUCUCCAAAGGGCGCGCUUGUCAUCAAGUUAAACGCAACAGACCCCGACGAGGGCUCAAAUGGGGACGUUUUUUACUCAUUCAGCAGUUACACACCAGAAAGAGUCAGACAGAUGUUUUCCAUGGACACAGACACUGGAGAAAUUCGCGUGAAAAACAACAUUGACUAUGAGGAGACAAACUCAUAUGAAAUGUACAUACAGGCUAUGGACAAGGGGCCAGCUGCUGUGGCAGUACACUGUAAAGUAGUUGUAGAAGUUUUAGAUGUCAAUGACAACAUUCCUGAGAUUGUACUGUCUUCACUCUCCAGUCCUGUACGUGAGGAUGCCCGGGCUGACACAGUCGUAGCAUUGAUCAGUGUGAAUGACCGUGACUCUGGACCAAAUAAACAAGUUACCCUGGAGAUCAUGCCCAAUUUGCCUUUUAAGAUCAAGUCCUUCCGGAACCACUAUACCAUCGUGACAUCCGCUUUCCUGGACCGGGAGACCAUCUCUUCCUACAAUGUCACUGUCAACGCCGUGGAUGGAGGCACCCCUCCCCUCUCGUCUCAAAUGACUUUUAAGGUGGACGUGGCAGAUGUGAAUGAUAACCCACCUCGUUUUGAACAGACAUCAUACACUGUUUAUAUUACAGAGAACAAUGCUCCUGGUGCGCCUCUGUGUGCUGUUAAGGCCAUAGACGCUGACGCUGGAGAAAAUGCACGCAUCACCUACACUGUCCUCAAUGACAUUAACCAUGGUAUCCCCGUAGCCAGCUACGUCAGCAUCAAACCUAAUACAGGUGAGGCCUAUGCCCUGCGAGCCUUUGACUUCGAGAAGCUGAGAGAGUUCCACUUUCAGGUUAAGGCCCAGGACAAUGGCGUGCCUCCCCUCAGCCGUGUAGCCACAGUGUAUGUUUACAUUAUGGACCAGAAUGAUCAUGUGCCCAAGAUAGUCUACCCACCUGCCAAUGGGAGCCACACCACAGAGACGCUGAUGAAAAACGCUGAGGCAGGAGUGUUGGUUAGCAAGGUGACGGCGUGGGACGGUGAUGCAGGGCAGAAUGCUUGGCUGUUCUACACCCUGGGGCAGAUCAACACAGACCUUGACCUGUUCAAGGUGCAUGAGUACACAGGUGAGAUCCGCACCACGAGGCGUGUCAUUGAGGACAACUCCACCUCCUUUGUUUUGACAGUGGUGGUGCGCGAUAACGGCUUACCACCACUCUCCUCCACCGCCACCAUCCAUGUGCACGUGAUGGAGCUGCCGCCAAAGUUGGCCCCUGAUCCUAAGCGCAUCAUCAGGCCCAACAGCCCCCUAAUGUUUUCCAAUGUCACUCUCUACCUCAUCAUUGCCCUGUGUGCCACAACCUUUGUGUUCCUGGUCACCGUCUUUGUGCUGGCCAUUGUGCGUUGCCAUGCCUACUGCACCCAGCCAGGAUCCUGUUCCCCUUGUUGUGUAUCCAAGAAGAGUGUUCCAGAGGGGGGCACCCCAGCCAGUGGCGGGGGUGGAGGAAGAGCUGCGGGUGGAGGAGGUGGAGGUGGAGGAGGAGGAGGAGGAGGAGGAGGAGCAGGGGGGCAGCAAAGCAACAAUGUGGCCCUACGCCGGGACCUCAAAGUGGAACCUCAUUAUAUUGAAGUCCGAGGAAAUGGGUCUUUGACCAAAACAUACUGUUACAAGACAUGCCUGACCGCCACGUCUGGAAGUGACACUUUUAUGUUCUACAACACGGGACGGCCGCACAGUGGCACCUGGGGCUCAGGCUACGUCACCAGCCACAGUGGACAGAGUCAGAUAUUCGUACGGCGUCUCAGUAUGCCAGACGCCACUGCCAUUCAGCCCAAAGUGCCGAGUGCAGACUGGAGAUAUUCAGCCUCCCUGAGAGCAGGAGGUGUAAUGCAGAGCUCAGUGCACAUGGAAGAAUCUUCAGUAAUGCAGGGAGCCCAAGGGGUCCUGGUUCAGAACUGGCCCACUGCAUCCAGCGCCGCUGAUGCUGAAGGGGGAGAGGUGUCCCCCCCAAUGGGUGCUGGCGUAGACAGCAACAGUUGGCACUUUCGCUAUGGCCCCGGUGGUCCCGGUGCACCCCCACAGCACCUGAAACCUGGCGAGGUUCCCCCAGAAGCCUUCAUCAUCCCUGGCUCCCCCGCCAUAAUAUCCAUCAGACAGAACCAGGGAGGAGAGGACGACAAAAGUGAUUUCAUCACCUUUGGCAAGAAAGAGGAGGCCAAGAAGAAAAAGAAGAAGAAGAAGGAGAAGAAAGACAAGAAGGAUAAGGGGAAGGAUGAUGGUGACGAGUAGAGGCGCAGAAAGAGAAAACAGCAAAGAAGUAAAGGGUGUUGUUAAAACAGAGGUACCAACCAAAGUCCACUGGGCAAAAAGAAAAUGUGAAAACUAUUAUAGAUUUUCCAAUUUCAUCAUAUUACCCACUUUCACUGAUAAUAUUUUAAAGCUCUUUCUGUUAUGAACCUGGCCUUACCAAGAUUUAUUUUACCUUCAGUCCCUGCCUGAGGUAAAUUAUUGAUCUUGCCUUGAUAAACAGUAAAGUGAUUGAUUUUGCUCCACACCCCGAUGUGCCUAUACACCCUGAGUCAACUCAUGUCAGUCAAAAAGAAAGGACCACCCUUUUGCCCUCGUCUUGAUUUUAUUUUCUCCUGUGAACCCACUGGGCACGUUGGCACCUCUGUCUUACCCCCUCCCCAACUAUGACAUGUAAACCAUUCUCUCUGAGAGAAGACAAAUACUUUGUACAAUAACAAAAAGCUCUGUGCCAGCCAAGGAAAGAAGAAAGACAACGGAGAAUGAGACAGAUGCACGCCAUCUGAAGCUGGACACACACUACUUGUAAAUAGCACAGGAGAGAGUCACUGAAACUAAGGCUGACAUGACACUGCUUCAGAUUCCUCCGGUAAUUACCAACAGUGUUUCCUGAGGUCUUAAUGAAAACACAUGUACACAGGCGCAUGCUCAAACACUCUAACAUGCAAACGUAUACAUACACUUACCAUGACAAGGUAGACACAGAAAGCACUUGAGACCUAGAGAGAGGGAGAGAGUAAAAAAAAGGAAAGAAAUUCAACAGACAUCCAAGAAAUGUGCUUAAAAAAAUAGACACUGCAAGCUUUUGUGCGCUUGUGUACAUCAACCCUCUCAGGAUGGAAGCAGCAUCCUUUGCGAUCACUCUGUAUUUGCUCACUGCAUUUGAAGGACACAGAGAGAGAAUCAUCUCCAACCAGAACCCCAGCUGAAGAAUGCAGAGAGCACCGGAAAGAUGGAGAUGUGGAGGAGGAUUCCUCACAUUCUCCUGAACAUCACAGAGGGGAGAGUCCGGCUGAGCUGGUUUGAGACUCCGCUUUCAGUCAUUGGACUCUGACAAAACCUUACAGAAUUUUAGGAGAGUGUUGAGAUUUUGAUAACACCUUCUCUUCUCCCCCUGCUGCAGCAAAAGCCUAACGCUGUCUGCUUUGAAUGUUUGGUAGCAACCAGUCUUUACCUGAUACCUUGAGUUUACAACUGCUCACCUGCUUGUACUUGCCCUAAGCUGCCACGAGCCGUCCACUCCUUCCCCCCAACUGCCUUUUCCCCCCACAGUCACCCACUCCACUGACUGCCUCUUCGUGUGAUGAUGAAGUCUGUGAAAAAAUUUUGUUUUCAUUUGUUCUCUAAAGAGAUUCACUAUUCUGGCUUUUUCUUCAUUUCCUUCCUUACAGCUUUAACUGCUUUUUGCGUGUCAUGCCAACCUCCUAAUUACCCCCUAUUUACACUGCACCCAACCCCCACUCUGACCCCCUGCUCAGGAUCGAUCCUGGCAAUGGCCUGCUCUGAGCAUUGUGGUGUGCUGCGAACAGCAUGGAGUAAUGUGGACGAGGCCUCGGGAAGCCCAUUUGGGGGUCUGUGCCCUGAACUCUUGUCAGAUGUCUAAGUGCACAAAGGUUCAGUGCUUUUAACUUGUGAGUACUACAUUAUGCUGUUUAUUUUCCUGUUUGUAGCCUCUGAUGAGAGAGGACCAGGUGGGAUGAGGCACAUUACACAGGUGGAGGACUGGCAUAGAGUGAGGAGACAGGUGCCGUGGGCUUGCUCUCCCCCUCUAUGUACAAGAGAAGAACAUUGUUCUCUGAAGUAAUUGUUCAGGAUCAUUGAGUCACAUAUUAGAUUUUGCACACCGUAAAUGCAGUGCAGACUUUACAUAGAUUGUCUCUACAUUGGUUAAGCUAAAAAAAAUGGGCAUCUAUGAAUUCCCACGGCUCCAUCCCACCAGUCCUCUCUCAGGAGGUAUUGUAAAAGGGGCGCACACAUGCCUUUGAGACCUGCCUCUGUUGGUUCCCCUCCCCUGCCUGUAACUUGUUGCCACGUCCCCAAAGUUUUGCGGCUCAGUAUGACGUCAGUCCAUUAAGUGGCUGCUGCAUGUACUGCUCUAAGGAAACACAUACUAUAUAGAGAAAUAUAUAUAUAAAUAGAUAGAUGGCUAUGAUUUUAUUCUUUUGUAUUAUCAUUUUUCUUCAUUACUUGCACAGGAGAUAUUUGUAUGUACUUCUGUCCGCCAAACAUCUAUGUACUACAAUCUUCACACUCCACAGAUGUUGUAUGGCAUCCACUAAACCUCUUUAGAUAUUUGUAAAUGCUAUAGUGUGAUACCUUUCAACGCAAGUUUAUUAUUUUUCUUUUACCAGCAAGAAAAGAAAAGGAAAAAAAAAAACACUCUCUGUGUCCAGCUUUGACAUGACGAUCUAACUAACACUGUAAUAUUGUAACUGAAAUAUGUAUGAUCCUAUGAUGAGCUAUCACUUCCCUUUCACUUCAAAGAAAAAAAAAAAAACUCAAAAAAUAUUCCUGUAUAAAACAAACAAACAAGCAAAAAAACAAAAACAAAAACAAACAAAAAAAAACAUAUAUGUAGUGUAUGCUUGUGUUUAGUGAGCAUUCAUGCUGUCAUUCUUUCCCAAUGUAUGGUGGUGAACUAUGGUGGCAAUGUGCUGUCCCGAAUGGACUAGCCCAGAUCUGUUGUAAAACCUUUUUUUUGUACACCCGCUCAUCAGCUGUGACAGUGAAGUAGUGAAAUUCAUUUAUUUCAUUUAUUUUAUGACUUUUUUUUUUAUUUUACUUAAAUGGAAACAGUGGUAAUGUGUUUUGUUUAUAAAUCACUAAUAAAGUUUUCUUUCU